CCAGCUUCUAACCCAACAGGAUCCAAAUGUGUACGGUCGCAGUUAUAUCGACAGUACUUCGGCUUUAAGCAGCAUGGAUGCUUUUCUCGGAGAGAAGAUGCGCCUGGACCAUAAUGAGUAUCUUCGGGGAGUUGGUAAAUAUCGUGAGAAGGGUUAUCCUCGAUGUUUGCCAGCAGAGAGAGAGCACGCUGUUCAGAACAAUCCGAUGCUACAGCAGCUCCAAUAUGAGCUUAAAAACCUGGCCACAGAUGAAGGCUCUGAUCCAUUCGAGAUUACCAUCACGAAGAAGCGAGAGCAGGCUCUCAGGAAUCGACUAUGCACUGAAGCUCUGAAAGCUAUCGAGAAGAAUGGAUUCAAAGCCGCCUAGAAGGAAGAAUUAUUUUGCGAGGAAAGUCAGUCCCGAGCGGAGUGGUACCUAACGAUAUAGCCGCUUGUCUCUUCAAAGUUAUGCCGGAGCGCCAGCGCCUUGCAGAGAUGAUCCCGUCAGAUAAGGUUUUAUCUCAUCAUGAAAUGCUCUCUGCAGUCCAUGACCUUCUCUCGCUGUGUGUUCGAGACCAGGAUGUCUUUUACCGGCCGCGCGAAACGCCAACCGACGGCAAAUGUCCGAUUAGCAACUGCCGUUUCAAAUUAGAGAAGCUCUCUCGGCCUCGGCGGAGUAAUCAUAUCCAGGAUUGCCGACGAAAGGAGCUCUGUCAUGCCCUCAGUCGGAAGGAAUGCGAACUACAAUAUUGCUACGAAUGUUUCGAGUUCUAUUCCCUUGAUGAGUGGACAGACCAUUGCGACAUUCACUUGGCAAAUAUAUCUACCAGGCGGUGCGAAAUCGUCACAUAUUGCCAUACGCUGAUCCGGCCUGGCCAUUGCCCUUUUUGCUUGGGAGACCAAUCCCGAGAGUCUCCUAAGCGUAUGAGGUAUUGGAAGCGAAGCAAUGAGCUAAGAACUCACAUUGAAGAGCAUCUCAAAUCUCUACAGGAGUACUCCUGUAUUCAUCCGAUGUGCCAAGAGCAAUUCCAAGAUGAAAUGGGACUUCGCUAUCACCUAGCAGAUAUACAUGGCCUGCAGAAGGCUAUCUGGGAUAGAAGCAAAUCGCCGAGAACUGUUUUCGGAGAAAGCCCAGAAAGCCAACUUGACAAACACUUUAAAAGGAAUGGGACAAAGCGGAAAUUCAAUCAGACCGAUGAUGAGCAUUGCAAACCCAAGCGACUAUCAAAGAAGGCGAGAGAAUCAAAUGCAAGCCCCAACAAGACCGGUCAGCGGCAAGAUCUACGUGUUGUUCAAUGGAAGCCUCCAAACCCGGCCACUUGCUUUAGCGAUUCCAAGGGGGACAAUGUUCAUAUAAUACAAGACUUGGAUUUUGCUGACACAGAACACGCGUCCAAGUAUCUCAGGUCUAGUCCCGCCGACGAUGUUCACACACACACACUCCGCCGAGGCUCACUUUCUGUGAGUCACCCAGUACUGAAGUGUCGAUGGAUGGUUUGAUAGACCCCCAACUGUUGGAAUUUGACGCAUCUCAGAAAGGAUCGGACUGAUAUACAAAUCAUUUUCAUGAGGAUACGCAAAUGGGAGCGUCGUGCAUCUAGC